AUGUACCAAGACGAUAACAACAACAACCAAUAUCAAGAUCAAUAUCAAAGCAACUAUUACGAUAAUACUUAUUAAUAGAACUAUGGCUAAUAAGAUUACUAAUAGAAUCAAUAAACAGAUUAAUAAAAUCAAUAACAAAAUUAAAAUUUCGAUUAUAAUAAUGUUCAAAGACCAGAUGAUUCUUAGAGAAUUUUCAAUCCUUUCAUUUUGGAUGAUAACAAUGAGAUUUAAAUUUCAGUUGGUGAACCUGUUACUAAAGAAACUACUUUAAGCAAGCACACUGUUUACAAUAUUAAAGGUACUGAUAAGAUUGGUUAAUUUGAUGUAUACCGUAGAUUCAAUGAAUUUUACACCCUAAAGGAAGUUCUUGUUGCUAGAUGGCCUGGCUGCUUUAUUCCUUCUAUUCCAGCUAAAGAAAUAAAUUCUACAAGCCAAAACGUUGUUGAAAACAGAGCCCGUUUCUUGAACAGUUUCUGUAAUUAGAUGGCCAGACUUAAACAUUUAUUCUACUCAGAAGAAUUCCAAUAAUUCUUGCGCUCUAAAGAUUCUGAUGUAUCUAAGCAUCUCUCUACCCUCAAAAAAGUCACAACUUCAGACAUUAUUGACAAGUAUUAACUCACUUUCCCUGAAAUAUGCGAACAACCAUUGUAAUCUGAUUUAGAUAUUAAAAUUAAUUCAUGGACUGGCUUUUUAAAGAGAGCUAUUGGAGGAUUAAAGAAUUACAAGGAUUAAUUAAAGACCCUCACUGAAUUGAGAAAGGAAUUAAAUAAAAAUUUUGCUUAGUUUAAUGAAGAAAUUCUUCCUGAUUAUGAAAAAUGUCUCAUUUCUGAAUACGUUUCAAAUGAUAACUUUGCUUUGAUUUUCUCCAACGAAGCUAAUGUUGGCUUACAUGAAUUUAAUGAGAAAUUUAAAAACAGUAAAGAUAAAAACUCCUUCUAAUACUUGUAUGAUAUGGUUAAGUAUGAACUCAGAGAUGCUGAAGCAUUCGAAGAGUCAAUUAAAGAAAAAGAAUAGUUAGAAAAGAAAAGAAGUAGUGUUUAAAAGGAUUUAAAGGAUGAUGAAGAAGAUUUAAAUAAGCUUAUUUCUGGUAAGAAAACAGUCAAAGCAAUUUUUUCCAGCAGCGAAGAAUAAAAAAAGAAAUUAGAAACUAAAAUCGAUUAAUUCAAAGUUGAGUUGAAGAAUUUAGAUAACUUAAUAGAAAUAGUAACCAAAAUUAUUGGUAUGGUAGAAAUCGAUAGAUUCAGAAAAGAAAAACGUAUGACAUUCCACAGAGUCCUCUAAUGUGUUGCUGACUCAGAAAUCUGCAAUAGUAUGGAUUUGAUGUAAUACUGGAGCCAAGUAAAUGAUAGUUCUACAAGAUUAUUAAAAAAUUACUGA